AUGUCCGAUGACCGUUCUUAUCGCAUGCUAGUCCUGCUGGAAGAUGUUGUGGAGGUGGAUGACAAGGAAUCGCAGAAGGACGACGCUCCUAAAGCUACACACGAAUUUGUGGAUGAGCUGAUACUCCCCUUCGAGAUUGAAGAUAUGGAUAAACUUAAUGAAUGGUUCGACAAAUUCGAUGCCGAAAUUUGCAUUCCCAAUGAAGGGUUUAUAAAGUACGAAAUUAGCAGCGAUGGGCUGGUCGUGCUACUGCUGGAUAGAUCACGGGAAGCGGUGGUUGAAAAGGUCCGUGCCUUUGUGCAGCGCGUCAAAGAUGAAGGCUCGGAUCACGAAGGCGAAAUUUCAGCAUGA